AUGACUAUUCCUGAAGGUGGCGUCUUUUACGUCCCCAUGGGGCUCCUUCACUAUCAGAGAAAUGCUUUGAACGAUGGUAAUACGGUUGCGUUCAGCGUCUUCAACCGACAGAGCCCAGGGCUCAACUCAUUUGCGCACGCCGCUUUGAAGUCGAGCCCUCUCAUUCAAAGUGGUUAUCUUGCCAGUGCCUUACAGUUGGACGAGAAGACCAUCCAUAUGCUCCAGGGGAAGAACUGGAGGUUCCGCUGCUGCUUGUCGGGGCCCUCGAUAAAGGGAAAGUUGUCAUUGCUCGAUGAUGGCUUCGAACGUCUGUUGCUCGUUGCAACUCGAACGGGCCGACAAGGCCGCCGCUUCUCUUCUCGCACAAGGCUGUGUUCGGACUGA